UUAACUUUUUUUUUUUAAUCAGGAAAACAUGGGCAAGUGUAAAUUUAACGAAAACUGGCUAUUCAGCCAAGAGUUUUCUCCAUGGCUAAAACCAGUACCAGGGAACAUAUAUGAGGCACGAUGUAUUUUGUGCAGGAAGUCUUUCAAGCUCGGAACGAUGGGAAUUAAGGCAGUGGAGUCGCACAUGCGCAGCGCGAAACACAAAGCGUCAAAAUCAGGUUACCGAGAAACAGCCGGUAUUUCUCAGUUUUGUUCCACCCUCGUCUCUGCAACGCCUCCACGGCCAUCACCGGCAUCAACAACAGCGGCAGAAGCACCGAAUCUCCGGUUAAUCACCGGCGGUACGCCGACAAUCAAAGCAGAGAAAGAAAUGGCGGACCACGCCCGUGCUUUAGCCAAGGAGGCAGUUCUGAAGCCCAGCUGUGCUCUCCCGGAAAACAUGCCGAAAAUCCGGGGCUACGACUUCAACCAGGGCGUGGAUCUCAGGGCGGUGCUGAAUUCCUACCUGACCACUGGCUUUCAGGCCAGUAGCUUGGCUCUGGCCAUCCAGGAGAUCAACCGGAUGAUAGAGAAACGCCUUGAACCGGUGGAGGUCGAAGAAGUAAAUGAGUCUGAAGAGUCGUGCGGAUCCUCCCACAAGUCAGGCUGUACCAUCUUCCUGGGAUACACCUCCAACCUCAUCAGCUCCGGAGUCAGAGAGAGCAUCCGCUACCUGGCAGAGCACAAAAUGGUGGACGUGAUUGUCACCACAGCUGGAGGCAUCGAGGAGGAUCUUAUCAAGUGUCUGGCUCACACGUACUUGGGAGACUUCAGUCUGUCUGGCAAAGAGCUGCGUCUGCAAGGCAUCAACAGGAUAGGGAACCUUCUGGUGCCCAACGAUAACUACUGCAAGUUCGAAGACUGGCUGAUGCCCAUCCUCGACCAAAUGGUGCUGGAGCAAAAGACGGAGGGAAUCCGGUGGACCCCCUCUAAAUUUAUCCAUCGUCUCGGCAAGGAGAUAAACAACACGGAGUCUGUGUACUACUGGGCAUACAAGAAUAACAUCCCAGUGUUCAGUCCUGCACUCACCGAUGGUUCCCUGGGCGACAUGAUCUACUUCCACUCGUUUAAGAACCCCGGCUUGGUUUUGGACAUCGUAGAAGAUAUCCGGAGGAUGAACGGCAUGGCGAUCUUUGCCAAGAAGACGGGAAUGAUCAUCCUGGGAGGAGGGCUGGUGAAACAUCACAUAGCCAACGCCAACCUCAUGAGGAACGGCGCUGACUACUCCGUGUUCGUGAACACGGGUCAGGAGUUUGACGGCUCGGACUCGGGGGCCCGACCCGACGAGGCCAUAUCCUGGGGGAAGAUCAGAGCGGACGCCAAACCGGUUAAGGUGUAUGCAGACGCCUCUUUGGUUUUCCCUCUCAUCGUGGCCGAGACCUUCGCUCUGCACGCCGACAAGCUGACAGCGGGGCAGAAAGCAGAUUAAAGUGAUCGGGCUGCUUUGAACGUUCACUUAAACCACUAUCCUGCUUUAUUUUUCUAGGUGUUAGGUUUUUUUUUAAUUUUUAUCCAAAAAGAGAGCAUGAGUAAUAAUGUGAUAUGCUGCGUUUCCAUACCGAACUUAAUCUGAAUAGGUUACUCGGUGCUUUCCUUGACCUUUAGUGGUGUAUAUUAGUAUUUUUCUUCCCCUUUAACUUUAAGGCAAUUGAAAUAGCAUGCUUGUAAUGCUAUGACAUCAUGUACCAAAGAGAUUUCCUAGAAUGCAUUCGAUUUUAGCUGCAGGCUCUGGGUAUGUGUCUGGGAGAGCAGGAUAGCUUGUUUCAGUGUAGCUGUGGCGUUGCACCCAAUGCGUGGCUACUAUCGAUAAUAUGUCUUAGUUUUAAUAUAGAGACGCGUCAUUUUAAUGUCUUUGUGGGCGGAGGGUGCUCCUGUGUUGUUGAACACGUCGGGAAAAGUUUAUUUUUUUACAUUGUUUAAAGGUUAUAGCGGACUUGUAUAAAACAAUGUCCUUUUUGUCUUUGGGUUUUUUAUGUGUUGUUUUUUUUGGUCUGAUCUGUGUGAGGAAGCCAUUGAAGUGCUGCCAUGUGACACAGAGUUGCACAUGAUUAGGUUUGUGAAUAGUGUAUAAAAGAGAAGCCUUAAAGAGAGAGUGUUCCUUACAUUUGGUCUGUUUAACGGGGGGAAAUGCGGGUGAGACGCUGUAAAAUGUAGAAAAAAGUUAUUUUCAUCCCUGUGUUUGAAUAAAAAUGUUACAAAAGAAAUCUAA